AUGCUGGCCGCCAGUGGGCUCGGACUGCCCCUCGAGCUGGAGGGCCUCCAAUCCUUGAGACCCUGGGAUAUGGCGUUGGAGGCUUUCUGCCCCCCUGACUUUGGGGAUGGGCUCCUGACCAUAACUUAUACUGCCCACCCGGGCCAUGAUCGCAAGCUCUCUGAGGACGAUGCUCACCCUCCGCUUCUUUCUGUAUCCCAAGCAUGUUUCCUCAUCCGCAGAGUGAGGGCGUCCAACCAGCCGGCCUCUGGGGUUCUUGCCAGCCCUAAGCCUGGGCUCCUUUACAAAGCAAAAAUCAGGCCACGAGGGAGCGGCCUGGCCCAAGGCCCCGGGGUCGCCUCCUCGUCCCCACUCCCUUUGCGGGCUGAGGAGGUGGGAGCCGAGUCCCAGCUGCAGCUGAAGACCAAGGAGGAGGGGGCGGCGGGUGGGAGCCCACAGUCCCCGGCUCCUCGCUGCCCCUCGGAGACCCGCAGGCUCCGAGGGAGGAGCUUUGGGGGCCUCUCUACGAGUGCGCGCAAGAAGACCGGGGCCCCGCGGGCUAGGUGUGGCUGCGGGGGCGGGGGCGCGCAGGGUUUAAGGGUCCAGAUUAAGGCUACCUGGAAGGUGCCGGGGCCGCGCCCCGGGGAUCCAGGGGGCGCCCUCGGAGAAGGGGCGGGGGAGGCGGGCCGGCCCCGCCCCGGGCGGCGGGCACGGACAGCUCCCGCCUCCCUGGCUCGCUCGGUGCCUCCCCUCGGGAGUGGGAGCCCAGUCUCCAGGGCAGCGGCGGCGGCGGCGGCGCGCCGGCCCCCUUCCUUCCUCCCUCCCGGCCGUCCCGUCCCCUCCGGGCCGCCGCCGUCCAGCGUCCCGCGCUCCCGGGCCGGCCCCAUGGCGUCCUCGGCCGGUUCCCCCCCGCAGGCGGAGCGGCGGCGCUGGGGGUGGGGCCGUCGGGCCAGCGGGUCCCUGGGGCUCAGCCUCAGCCCCAAGGCCGCCUUCCCGUCGGAGCUGGCCGAGGUGAGCCCGGCGGCCGGAGCGUUCUACGCGCCCAUCCCCGCGCCGGGGCCCGGCCCUCCCCCUGCCGCCGCGCCGGGGGCCCGGGGGCCCCCGGCCCCGCUGUCGCCGUCGCCCUCGCCGCCCCCCACUGUGAGCCUGGACCCGCGCAUGUCCAUCUACAGCAUGUGGCGCCCGCUGCUCACCCGCACCCACGUCCAGGGGCGCGUCUACAACUUCCUCGAGAGACCCACGGGCUGGAAGUGCUUCCUCUACCACUUCACGGUCUUCCUCAUUGUUCUGAUCUGCCUCAUCUUCAGCGUGCUCUCCACCAUCGAGCAGUACGUGGCCCUGGCCACCGGGACCCUCUUCUGGAUGGAAAUCGUGCUCGUGGUGUUCUUUGGGACGGAGUACGUGGUCCGCCUGUGGUCCGCUGGCUGCCGCAGCAAGUACGUGGGCAUCUGGGGCCGGCUGCGCUUCGCGAGAAAGCCCAUCUCAAUCAUCGACCUCAUUGUGGUGGUGGCCUCCAUGAUUGUCCUCUGCGUGGGCUCCAAGGGCCAGGUCUUUGCCACUUCCGCCAUCAGGGGGAUUCGCUUCCUGCAGAUUCUCCGGAUGCUGCACGUGGACCGUCAGGGCGGGACCUGGCGGCUCCUGGGCUCUGUGGUGUUCAUACACCGGCAGGAGCUGAUCACCACCCUGUACAUCGGGUUUCUGGGGCUCAUCUUCUCCUCCUACUUCGUGUACCUGGCGGAGAAGGAUGCCGUGAACGAGUCUGGCCGCAUCGAGUUCGGCAGCUACGCCGAUGCCCUGUGGUGGGGCGUGGUAACGGUCACCACCAUCGGCUACGGGGACAAGGUGCCGCAGACCUGGAUUGGGAAGACCAUUGCCUCGUGCUUCUCGGUCUUCGCCAUCUCGUUCUUCGCCCUUCCUGCGGGGAUUCUGGGCUCAGGCUUUGCCCUGAAGGUCCAGCAGAAACAGAGACAGAAGCACUUCAACCGCCAGAUCCCAGCCGCGGCCUCUCUCAUUCAGACGGCCUGGAGAUGCUACGCGGCCGAGAACCCCGAUUCUUCCACGUGGAAAAUUUACAUCAGAAAGCCCGCCCGAAAUUAUCACCUGUUGUCCCCCAGUCCCAAGCCCAAGAAAUCGGUCAUGGUAAAGAAGAAAAAGUUCAAACUGGAGAAGGACAAUGGGGUCAGCGCCGGAGACAAGACGCUGACGGUCCCACACAUCACUUAUGACCACAUCGCCGAGGACAGAAAGUCAGACCAGUUUGCCAUGGAUGGCUAUGAAAACUCUGUGAAGAAGACCCCUUCCUCCCUGGAGGUGAACCCCGGCCACUUCCUGAGGACCAACAGUUUCGCGGAGGACCUGGACCUGGAGGGGGAGACUCUGCUGGCCCCGAUCACCCACAUCUCCCAGCUGCGGGAGCACCACCGAGCCACCAUUAAGGUUCUCCGGCGCAUGCAGUAUUUCGUGGCCAAGAAGAAGUUCCAGCAAGCCAGGAAGCCCUACGACGUCCGGGACGUCAUCGAGCAGUACUCCCAGGGCCACCUCAACCUGAUGGUGCGCAUCAAGGAGCUCCAGAGAAGGCUGGACCAGUCUAUAGGAAAACCGUCUCUUUUCAUCUCAGUCUCAGAAAAGAAUAAAGAUCGAGGGAAUAAUACAAUUGGAGCCCGACUGAACAGGGUGGAAGACAAGGUGAUGCAGAUGGACCAGAAGCUGAACCUCAUCACCGACAUGCUCCAUCACCUGGUGGCCCUGCAGCAGGGGGACCCCAGGGCCGGCAGCGGCGGCGGGAGGCCCCCCCAGCAGGCCGGCUCCGAGCUCUUCCUGGCCAAUAACUCCCUCCCCACCUACGAACAGCUGACGGUUCCCCGGAGGACGCCGGAUGAAGCCUCCUGAGGGAGGCCUCUGGGCUCCCGGCCCGGGCAGAGGUGGGCUAGGGGACAACGGGAAGGGAGGGCGCCGGAGCCUCCCCCUCCCCCCUCCCCCUCCGGGAGGACAGCGCGGUAGCUGGAGAGCUGAGCCGGCCUGCCAAGUUCGGGGCAUCCUCGUGUCCGCCUGGGCCGUCCUCCCCCAUGUGGGGCUAGAAAAGUAGCAGAGCCCUCCCAUCCAAAAAGACCCCAAGGUGGGGAGGGUUCUCAGGGUCAGGCAGCUCCUU